AUGAUUCGUGAAUUUACUCUCGUGGCGGUAUUCGCUCUUCUGCAUACUGCAGUCACAUCAAACGACGAUUGCAUAACGCGAUGGCAUAACGCUAUAGAAUUUUGGAGUAAUGUCGUUUGCUCGAUGGAAGAUAUGAAAAACGUGAAUUUUCACGGUGUCCUCGAGAGUAAUAGUAAUAGUAGGAGCUCUAUUUUCCUCGAGCAAUAUUUCCAGGCUUUCGUGCAUGAUAUCGCGCGUAAAUGUGAGACAACGAUUGCGUCGAGGAUUUAUACGCUUCGCGACUCGGAAAAUCUUGCAUCUUUCGUGAGUAACAAUAACAAAGUGGCUCAUCACGGAACCGUGAAACGGGCAUCGCUCUGGAAGAUUACAUCCGGCGCACUUCCUUCUCGAGUAAUACAGCUAUCGAGUAAUGUAGCUGCAGGAAGGAUUCGAAGGAUACGAAGCGACAAAACCUUUAGUAGAAACACGUGGAACGUGCACGUAAUUCUCGCGAAAGACAUACACUCCUUCGAUCAAAUUUCGAAGAAUGGUGUGACAUUCGAGUGGAAUUCGCACGAUCGAUUUAUCGUGCUGAUCGCUCGCUUCCCAGAGGAACAUGGAUUAUCAAACGUGGAUGAAUCAAAUUCAAGAAUCGACGGUAUCUUGAAGACGUUGUGGUCCGAACGUAAAGUGCAAAAGAUUUUUGUCUCCGAGGCGAUCCUCAUAAACAACACCGUUCGAAUUAAUCAAAUUGUUCGCACUUACAAUCCAUUUGCCAAAGUCAACGAUUCCGUGUGGGGUCAAGUCGAAAUUGUAAAUGUAAAGACAGCGGAAGAAGCGUCAAACGUGCUGUCGUAUUUAACAUAUCGCCGCACGAAAAAUAUGAAUGGAUAUGAAUUAAAAGUGGGCUAUUUUAAGCAAGGCCAAACAAUCGCAAAACCGAUAACAGUUCAAUCAUCGAGUACACAUUACGAUUAUGCCGAUGUCUUUAAAGGAUUUGAUGAGAUAAUGCUAAAUACAAUAGCUCGAGACAUGAAUUUUCAAGUGGAACAUAUACAUCCGACGGAUAAUAAAUCGUAUGGCCAUCAAUUGUCUAAUGGGACAUAUGUCGGUGCUAUAGGCGACGUAGUGCACGGUAGAACGGACAUCUGCUUCGUAUCUUUCUUCGUAAAGAAAUACACAACAAGUCUUAAGGAAGACGUAGACUUUAGCACAUACGUGGACUUUGACAGACUAUGCGUGGCUGUCCCUAAAGCAACCAAGAUACCCAAAGGGAUUCGAAUAUAUCACUUCUUUCCGCUCUCCAUUUGGAUCUGUUCGAUGCUAACGCACGUUUUCACAUAUCUAAUAUGGUAUUUUCUGCAAGUCUUUACUCCAGGAAGGACGGGAAAGAGAAGUUUCCGAGCAACAAUCUAUCGAUCAUUUUUACUGAACGCUGGUUGCCCUCAAAAAUUGCCAAACACGAACGCAGAAAGGAUAUUACUGUCAGGCAUUCUUCUUGCUAACGUCACUUUAGUUGGAAUCUUUAGCGGUAUUCUGUACAACAGUUUCGCACGCGACAUGUAUUAUCCAGAUAUUGACACUCUUCGCGAUCUCGACGCUUCAGGAUUACCGAUAUCUUUGGCUUCUGCUAGCCUGGCCGAUCUUUUCGAUGAUGAUGAUGAUGAUGAUGACAAUGUUGAUUCGAUACUCACGCAAAACUUGCGAAAGAAGAUGCAAUUCGGUAUAAAUGCCAUAACCAACACGGCUCGUCAUCGUAACGUCUCAGCAUUCGCCAGGGAACGUUAUUUCCCAAUUAUCAGCGAGGAAUUGAUCGAUGCGGACGGUGGGCCGUUGCUUCAUCUUGUUGAGGAAUGCCCUGGUAAAUUCUACUUGUCGUAUUUGCUGCCCAAGAAUUCGAUUUUCAAUGAAAAGAUAAACGCAUUAAUCAGUCAACUGAAUCAGGCCGGUUUACCAUCGUUAUGGAACCAACACAUCGUUCAUGCCUUCAUCGUUCAAAAAAGAUUAUUGGCUAAGGAAAGAUUAGUUCGAAACGAAAAAAAAAUGGACGACUUCGUGCCGUUUAAUUUAUCCGAUAUGCAAUCAUCCUUCUAUAUGCUACUGAUAGGAUUAUCAAUAGCCACGAUAGUAUUUUUUCACGAGAAGGGUUGGCUGAAAGUUAUUCCGCCAUUAUUGUACACUGAAAAACCAAACGUAGACUGUAAAUCUACACGAUAAUUAUAUCGAAUACAGCGUCCUUGUUUUCAACCUUUUGCACCUUUGUCAGGAUUUUUUUUUUUUUUUCUAAAGUCAGAGUUGCUGGCAAUACGCACACGCACACGCACACAAGCAAACGGAACUGAUUUAUAUAUCUCCGCAGACAGAGUUAUAAAUGAGAAGUUAUAAAUGAAA